UAAGCUAGCAAACAUGGUGUUUGAGCCUCGGAUUUUUUUUAAAUUAGUCUGGUCAAAACUAAAAGUUAAAGAAUUCUAGAGGAAGGAAGUAGAAAUUAUUUUUUAUUCUAGAUGUCCUCUGGGAGAUAAAGUCUAAAUAAAUGGACUUAUUUUUGUGCUCUACUUCCUCUCUUGCAAAUGAAUAAAGAUAAAUCUCCAAUUUGUUGCCCAUCUUUGCUAGGGAUUAUUUUUUGUGUGAGUCACAGCACUUUAACCCAACACUCACUAUGUUUCUAUUUAAAAGGCAAUGCAAAUAUCAGUGUCCUUCUUUUACCAAGGAGGACGGAAGGCACUGGAAGACUGGAUCCAAUCACUUCUUUAAGUGCUCUCAGUUAAUUAGUAACAACUGAUGUCAGAACAUUGUGACAUCAGUGCUCUAGUUUUGCAUUCUUUCCACCCCCAAGAAGGAGGAUAAGAGGAGGGAGGAGGGAGAGAAGGAAGAAGGUGAUGGAGGAAAAGGAAGAAAAGGAGGGGAGAGGGGACAGGGGGCAAUGUCUCUUGUGCUUAUUAUCCGCCAUUCACGACGUUUAGCACAGUCGUACAUUAUUGCUUUCAGUUUUUAUAAUAAUCUUCUGAAAUAGGUAUUUUUCCCAUUUUACAGUUGAGGAAACUGAGUCUCAAGUCAUGCUCCUCACUUGUAGUUACUCAGCUAGUACUAGACAUACCUCAAAGCUGUCUUUCCCCGUUGCACAAAACUGAUUCACAUGCUGUUCCUUAUCUCCCUGUAUUUUUUAAUGGAUUUUGCAAAAUUCACUUUAACUUUAAUUUAUUUCUAUAUGAGAAGCAGAUUGGAAACACUAACAAAACUCUGGUUCUGCACUAUGGUGUGUUAGUAGUACGAACACUCUUUAGGGGAUGGGGGUGGGGGAGUGUAGAUACGUUUCUGGACUGAAGUGGAAGUAGGGAAUUAAAAGUUAACACCAAAACUGAAACAAAGCCACGUUUUGUGAAGCACACACUAAUAGUAGUCCAUUGGAUCAAAGGAUGUGAUCUCACUUCACAGUAAAACAGGUCCUGCAAGCCCAGGUAACUCAGGAAGCAGAAUGGUAAUUAUUCACAGAAGAAAGCAGGUAGUGUACUGUUACAUUACUACAGUAGAAAGUCAGAAGGUCACAGAACUUGCAGGGUAACUGACACAACUUGAAACUGCUUGGCCCCCUUUAAAAAGAAAUUAUAAGAUGGGAGAGAAUGAAGCAAGUUUACCUAACACAGCUUUGCAAGGUAAGAAGAUGGCCUAUCAGAAGGUCAAUGCAGAUCAAAGAGCUCCAGGACAUUCACAUUACUUAGACAGUGAUGACCUUCAAGCCACUGCCCUUGACUUAGAGUGGGACAUGGAGAAGGAACUGGAGGAGCCUGGUUUUGAGCAGUUCCAGCUUGAUCGUGCUGAGAAUCAGAACCUGGAGAAUUCCGAGACUGCGGACCUCAAUCUUGAUUCCAUUCAACCAGCAACUUCACCCAAAGGAAGGUUUCAGAGACUUCAAGAAGAGUCUGACUAUGUAACCCAUUAUACAAGAUCUGCACCAAAGAGCAAACCCUGCAACUUUUGCUGCCUUUUAAAAAUAUUUUGCACAGCAAUCAUUUUAUUUAUUUUUGGAAUUUUGAUAGGCUAUUAUGCACACAAAAAAUGCCCUUCAAAUGCUACAUCUUCAGGAAAACUUGAUCUUCAGUUAUACCAAGAGAUUCUCAAGACAAUCCAAGCAGAAGAUAUUAAGAAGUCUUUCAGAAAUUUGGUACAACUAUAUAAAAGUGAAGAUGACAUGGAAAUUUCAAAGAAGAUUAAGACUCAGUGGACUUCUUUGGGCCUAGAAGAUGUACAGUUUGUAAAUUACUCUGUGCUGCUUAAUCUGCCAGGCCCUUCUCCCAGCUCUGUGACUCUGAGAAGCAGUGGCCAAUGCUUUCAUCCUAAUGGCCAGCCUUGCAGCCAAGAAGCCAGGAAACACAGCAGCCAAGAUCCGCUCUACUCAUAUGCUGCCUAUUCUGCCAAAGGAACUCUCGAGGCCGAAGUCAUUGAUGUGAGUUAUGGAAAUGCAGAUGACCUAAAGAGGAUUAAAGAAAUGAAAAAUGUAACAAAUCAGAUUGCACUUCUGAAAUUAGGAAAAUUGCCACUACUUUAUAAGCUUUUCUUAUUGGAAAAGGCUGGAUUUGGAGGUGUUCUUCUAUAUAUUGACCCCUGUGAUUUACCAAAGACUGCAAAUCUUAGCUUCAUGGUGUCCCUGAAUCCAGGAGGAGACCCUUCUACGCCUGGUUAUCCAAGUGUUGAUGGAAACUUCAGGCAAAACCGAUCAAACCUCACCCCUCUCCUCGUGCAGCCCAUCUCAGCAUCUCUCGUUGCAAAACUCAUCUCUUUGCGGGAAGACAGAGCCAGCAGUGGUGCCUGUACCCCUCUGGAGCUCCCCAGUAAUGAAAAAAGAAUUGUCAACAUGCAAAUUCAGACAGUCACAGAAUUCAAAACAAUUACUAAUGUUGUUGGAUAUUUAAAGGGCUUGACUUCUCCAGACCGUUAUAUCAUAGUUGGCAGCCACCAUCACACCGCAUACAGUUUUAACAGCCAAGAAUGGGCCAGUAGCACUGCCAUAAUCACAGCUUUUAUCCGGGCCUUGAUGUUAAGAGUUAAGAGAGGGUGGAGACCAGACCGCACUAUUGUUUUCUGUUCAUGGGGAGGAACAGCUUUUGGAAAUACUGGCUCAUAUGAGUGGGGAGAGGAUUUCAAAAAGGUUCUGCAGAGAAAUCUUGUGGCUUAUGUUAGUCUCCACAGUCCUGUAAGGGGUAACUCGAGUCUCUACUCUAUAACUUCACCGUCUCUUCAGCAGUUGGUAGCUGAGAAAAAUAAUUUCAACUGUUCCAGAAGAGGUCAGUGUCCAGAGACCAACAUAAGCUCUGUACAGAUGCAAGAUGACGCCAAUUAUUUCAUCAACCAUCUUGGAGUUCCCACUGUGAGGUUUGCUUAUGAAGACAUCAAAGCAUUAGAGGGUCCGAGUUUUCUCUCUGAGGCCCUUUUCCCUAAACAUGCAACAAAAAUUGAAGAAAUGGAUCCUUUUUUCAACCUUCAUGAGACCAUUACCAAGCUCCUGGGAGAAGUGAUUUUGCAAAUUGCCGACGGACCGAUUCUGCCCUUUAAUGCUCUCGAUAUAGCUUUAGAAGUUCAAAACAGCCUUAAAGGCGAUCAGCCGGACACCCCUCAGCUGCUGGCCCCAGCCUCACGCCUUCGAGAGAGCGCUGAGCUCUUCCAGUCUGACGAGAUGCGUCCUGCUAACGAUCCCGAGGAGAGAGCUCCCGUCCGCGUGCGGAUGCUCAAUGACAUUCUCCAGGACAUGGAGAAGAGCUUCCUGGUGCAGCACGCACCACCAGGCUUUUACAGAAAUAUCCUGUAUCACCUUGAUGGGAAGACAAGCCAGUUUUCAAUACUCCUGGAGGCUUGGGAGCACUGCAAGUCACUUGCAUCAAAUGAGACCCUUCAAGAAGCUGUGUCAGAGGUGCUGAACAGCAUCAGUGCAGCUCAGCUUUACUUCAAAGCAGGACUCGAUGUGUUCGAGAGUGUCUUAGUUGGAAAGAACUGAGAAAACUCUCAGCAUUUUAAAAAGUUUGUUUACAGUUCCUCAAGCGAAAGUUCUAAUCUGACCAGAUUUUCUGACAUUAAAGACUUUUUCCCCCCAAUGGCUUUUUAUAUAAGCAUAAAGUUAUUCUUACUUUGUAUUUUUUUAAUAUACAUGUAAAAAGAGCAUUUUGCACAUUUAAUAUUUUUCUUCAUAUCUAUCUUUCUGAUUAUGCAAAAGCAAGUUAUUGAAAUAAUAGUUAAGAUUUAUCUAUUAAAAAGAAAUCUGCUGUAUUUUUAUAUAUAUAUAUAUAAAAAUAUUUGGGGGGAAAAUUUCCAAGAUGUUUUAGACAAUCUUUGCUCCUAUGGGUAAAACACAUAGAAACAGAAAUUAUUCCCUAUGUUAGAGCUUUAAUGACCUAGUCUCUGUCAUAGAAGUGGCCAGUUGACAUGGUUUCAGAUUAACUUCACUAUUAAGUAUUCAACAUGAAGAACAAGUAUUCCGACGGAGUGACUGGUUGACCAAAACCACUUUGAAUGUGUCUAUUUUAUGAAAUGAAGUGCCUGUUCAUAACACAACUAGAUGUAGUAAUACACUGGUUAUGAAAUUGUAUUUUUUUAAAGUAUUAAUGAAAAAAAGAGCCAUAAACAUUCCAGGGGAAAAUCUCAAGGUAGCUGCACAGAGCAAUUUAAAUGUAAAUUUUUUUUCCCCUAACAACUCAUAAGCUUAGUAGCUUUGAAGCCCCUGAUUUGUCUCAGUUGAUUCUAUAAAAAUUUCAGGAGUGAUGUAUAUCUUAUGCAGGAGGAAACGUCUCUUAUUUCCUCCUGUGUCAUUUCCAUUGGAAGCACUGAAACAGAGCUACUCUAAAAUGAAAGCAUCGCACAUCACCUCUCCCCCUUCGUGUACUUUUCUUGAACUUGCUGCAAGGCAGUUUUCACAGAAUACCGUGUAAUUUUCACAGGAAAGUAGCAAAUUUUUUCUUCGAAAAAUCCCGAAAUAUCUGAAAAAGCAUCAAAUUCCUAUUUCUGCCAACAAAAAGACUUACUAUGAACAAAAUAGUUGUAUUGAUCAACGAAAACCUCCUUAAGUCUACAAAGAAACUGGAUAUUUUUCCCAUGUUUAUCCUUAAUUGUGACUGAGAUGACAACAUAGAAAAUAUUCAUGCUUCUACUUUUAUGCAGAAAAUAUGGUGUUACUGUAAGAGUGUGUCUUUCCCACACUUCAGUUUUUUUCUCAUGUUGAAAAUGCAGCUUGUCUACUGACAUUGUCAUCAAGUGGCCUUAGUAUCCUCUCUUCCCCAAGACCCCAGAAUUCUACUAGGUGGCAAUUUAAACUUUUAGCUUACCUUUAAAAAUUGAUUUGGUAUUGGAUAAAGCAGUUCCCCUUAGGAGACAUCCUCAGACCAUCUCAUGUGAAUUAUUUCUCUGCAACACAACAUUCAAACCCACGUUCCCACCAUACACCUCCAGAGCAACUUCACAGACACUGCCCAGAUGUCAAAGUCUUCACUUCUUAUGGAUGAACAUGAACGUAAUCAUUGUUUAAAGGAAAACUAAGAAUGUGGGGAAAGAAUUCAUCAGUUUUGAUUAAUUGAUUUAUAAGGGUCAGCUGUUCCUACCAUAAGUAAUGUUCAUACGCUUAAGGCAAAGAAGAGAAUUGAGGCAAUUAGCUCUAUAAUUCAGGCAGGAAUGUGUUUCCAUCUGAACUGCCUGUGUGCACAUAUUUUACAUAAGAAAUGCAACUACCUUACAACACAGAUUUCUUAACCAAUGUAUGUUAAUGUUUGUUUGAAAGUAUUUGCCAUGUGGAGCAAUGUCUACAGCAAAGGGCUAAAGAACCAAGCCCCCACAUGCCUCAACAUCACUGGCCUCUCUUGCUCCAGAGAAAACAGCAGAAAAGACAUAGGAGGAAUACACAUAUAGAUGCCUGUCAGGUCAAAUAAUAGGAUACCUUGUACCAAAGGAGCUGAAAUACUGAAUCAAGGUUCAGUGUGUUCCUUCCAGUUCUUCCUUUGGAAUUGAAUUAAAAACUAAGACAAAUAAUCAUCAGUGUGGUAGUUUAUCCUUUUGGGACAAAAUCCUAGGUCAGUUCAGUCUCUUCAUUUGUUAAUAGUGUUGAAAGAGCACAAAAUGUACGUUUGUUUGAAGGUUGUGUACUUUUAGCUAAACCACACUGCACGGAUCGAAACCUCACUAUUCUGUGUUUUUAACUUCUAAAUGAUAUGGUAUUUUCUAUUUGAAAACUGAAGUUAACUAUGGACUAACAUGUUUUUAUUAGACUGUUUAAGAGAUUAUGUGAAGAAACUGAAUUGAAACGGACGUCCACAAGUCUACAAAUGCUGCUCUAUAUCUCUGACUGCAACAAACCUCUUAACGAGGAACGUUACUGCUAUAGUCUGAUUAACUCAGGGUUUCUUCAAAUUUCUAUGAUUUUAAUUUUUCCUUAAUAGAUCCAAGUAAAUAAAAUCCUAUGCAAGUUAA